GUCCCAAUACACGAAAUCCCUCUGGCAAUCUGCGGCAUGGUCCAGAGGUGGCAGUAGUUCACCAGGACUCUCAGCAGUUCAAGGUGCUGGUGUGGAAGAGGCUGCUCGUCCUCCGGAUGUCUUCUGGAUACCAGUGGGAAUCUGCGGACAGGUUUCCUUUCGUAGCUGCUGAUUAUUAUUCUGCAGCCAUGGGUGCUGAUAUAACCAAACCGCAGCAUGGAAGUGGAUAAAUAGAGCACUGCGCACAGCUGUAGUUCAAAUAUUCCUAUGCCCUGCUUGUUCUUUUCUUGUGAAAGAAUCCCAGACAGUUGGGAGCUUGCUUAGAGUCCUGAAUCGUAUUUUUUUGGCAAUUAAUUAUUUCCCAGAUGAAGGCUUCAGUUUCAGCUUUAAAAACAAGUGUGAUACUAUUAAACAAACUUUGUCAGAUACACUUGAUCAUUUGCAUGACAGAAUCAUGCUGCAUCACUUUCAUCGCUCCAGAACCAAUAUGCCAAAUAUGACAGGCAGAUACUAAUCUUUGUUAUACAUCAAAAGAGCUGUUAAUUACGAUGGAUCAAUCACUUUUUAAAUUUAGAAUGGAAAAGGAUAGACCUAUCAGGGUGCUAUUGACUCUUUCUCUGUAGAGGUUUUUAUUUGUUGUUGUUUUUCUUUCCUGUAUAUACAUGAGAUGGAAAAUGUGAGAAAACUAUUUGAUCCUAUGAUAUGUUUUAGUGGCAUCUUAAAACACAGAAAAAAAACCCAAUAAAGUAAGAUGUCAAAUGAAGCAGCAAUUACUGUAGGUUUUCUUCUUGAUUUUUUUUUUUUUGAUACAUUUAAUAUGUCCUCUCAAAAAAGAGGAACCAAAUUCCAACACAUGCUCACAGUGGCAGGCAGUUAUUGUCUUAAAUCUUAGCUCAAAGCUUAGCAAUGCAGUGUUCUUGCUUUUUAUGUCUCAUAAGACUAGUUACUUAAUUUUAUAGCAGUUACAUCUGUUUAAUUGUCUGAUCCAUGAGAUGAACUGUAGUUUAGUCUAAGUUUUAAAAAUGCAUGCAGAGAUAGUGAUUUUUCUUUAAUUUCUAUUUUGGAAACUUUUAAAAUUGACUAGGCAUUGAUGAUAGCUACAGGAGAUACUCUAGAUACUCAAGGCUUGGGCUUUUGGGGUAAUUUUUUUUUUUUAAUAGACAACAUGGCAAGUCCAGGGAAAGAUAACUUCAGAAUGAAAAGCUACAAGAACAAUGCACUAAAUCCCCAAGAAAUGCGCAGACGAAGAGAGGAGGAAGGAAUCCAGCUUCGGAAGCAAAAAAGGGAAGAACAGCUAUUUAAACGCCGAAAUGUUGCUCUUCCGGGAAAUGAGGAAUCUAUGAUAGAAAGUCCAAUUCAAGAUCCUGAUGUCAGCUCUACUGUACCUAUUCCAGAGGAAGAAGUUAUUACAGUAGAUAUGGUUCAGAUGAUUUUUUCAGAUGAUCCCGAUCAACAACUUACAGCAACUCAGAAAUUCAGGAAAUUGCUAUCUAAAGAACCGAAUCCACCUAUAGAUGAAGUCAUCCAAAAACCAGGAGUAGUGCAAAGAUUUGUGAAAUUUCUAGAAAGGAAUGAGAAUUACACUCUGCAGUUUGAAGCUGCUUGGGCCCUGACGAAUAUUGCAUCCGGGACUUUUCUGCACACCAAAGUAGUAAUUGAAACCGGAGCUGUUCCGAUUUUUAUUAAGUUACUUAGUUCAGAACAUGAAGAUGUACAGGAGCAGGCAGUGUGGGCUCUCGGUAACAUUGCUGGUGAUAAUGCAGAAUGUAGAGACUUUGUUUUAAACUGUGGAAUCUUACCACCCCUCUUGGAACUGUUAACAAAUUCAAAUCGUCUUACAACAACCAGAAAUGCAGUCUGGGCUCUUUCGAAUCUCUGUAGAGGAAAGAAUCCACCUCCAGACUUCAGUAAGGUUGCUCCUUGCUUAAAUGUUUUAUCAAGACUGUUGUUUAGCAGUGACCCGGAUGUGUUAGCAGAUGCUUGCUGGGCCCUCUCUUACCUUUCAGAUGGACCCAAUGAUAAAAUCCAAGCUGUUAUUGAUUCUGGAGUAUGCCGAAGACUGGUAGAGUUGCUGAUGCAUAAUGAUUACAAGGUGGUGUCCCCUGCACUAAGAGCAGUUGGAAAUAUUGUUACUGGCGAUGAUAUCCAAACGCAGGUGAUCCUAAAUUGCUCUGCAUUGCCCUGUCUCUUGCACUUGCUGAGUAGUCCCAAGGAAUCUAUUCGAAAAGAAGCAUGUUGGACUGUUUCUAAUAUUACUGCAGGAAACAGAGCGCAGAUUCAGGCUGUUAUAGAUGCAAAUAUUUUUCCAAUAUUGAUUGAAAUUCUUCAGAAAGCUGAAUUUCGCACCCGAAAAGAAGCAGCGUGGGCCAUAACUAAUGCAACAUCAGGAGGAACCCCUGAACAGAUUAGGUAUUUGGUAGCAUUAGGUUGUACCAAGCCUCUCUGUGAUCUCCUGACUGUGAUGGAUUCAAAGAUAGUACAGGUGGCUUUAAAUGGACUUGAAAAUAUUCUGCGUCUUGGAGAACAGGAGUCUAAGCAGAAUGGAAUGGGCAUUAAUCCUUAUUGUGCCCUUAUAGAGGAAGCAUAUGGACUUGAUAAAAUUGAGUUUCUUCAGAGACAUGAAAACCAAGAGAUCUACCAGAAGGCUUUUGAACUCAUAGAACAUUACUUUGGUGUCGAAGAAGAGGAUUCCAGUAUUGCACCUCAGGUGGAUGAAAGUCAACAGCAGUUUGUGUUUCAACAGCAGGAGGCUCCAAUGGAGGGGUUUCAACUAUAAAAAGAAUAAGUGAAGACAAGCAUAACAUGUAAACACCUGCAGGUUCUUGUUUUUAAGAGAUCUCUUCUUUAUGGCCAAAGCGAGAGAAAAAGUUGAAUUAUGUUUUUUUCACAGGCGAAGCAGCAGCUCAUGCACUUUUAUACAUUUUGUUAGAUACAAUUGUUGAUUUUUGUUUUGUAUCUGUCUUUGUUUUUCAUUAUCUCGUGUACAGAAAACGACUGUGAGUAAUCAUGUCUUCAGUAAAGCAUUAAAUGUGAUUUAACAAGGACUGUUAAGCUAAGACACAGUAAGGCUUUGAGUAGAAGUUCUGAGUUUCUUCUGUAGUCUCCAACUGCGUUUCAGCAAUACUGCUACUGCCAGCUGCAGUUCUGGCAGGAGGCUCGACUUGCCCGGUCUCUAGGCUCGACUUGCCCGGUCUCUAGGCUCGACUUGCCCGGUCUCUAGGCUCGACUUGCCCGGUCUCUAGGCUCGACUUGCCCGGUCUCUAUCAAAUCUACCUCUUGUAUUGAAGCAGAACCAUUGCUUCAGAACUAAGGCAUGAAAUAAAGAUGAGCUUGUGAGAAGCCGAAUUGGAAUGUGAAAAAUAUUUAUUUAAAUUGUAAAAACUUUUCUGCUUUACUUAGCACACUGUUGAAAUUUAUUUAUGAAGUAUAUUUAAAGGCGUAAUAGAUAUAUAACGCGAAUUAUGUAAUAUAAUAUUAACUAUAUGAAGAAGCUUUUUCUGAUGUGCACAGGAAGAGGACUGUUUCAGAGGCUGUCAAAUCGGAGUCAGCAGAGAGCUUGCGGGCCAUUUGAUGCCAGCUCCGUAACUCGAGCUGCUAAAUGGCAUUAAAAGUCAGCCACAAAUGUAACACUUUGCUGUGGAAGCAGUUGCUGUAGUUACCACGAGAAAGCCGUGAUGAUGAAUGGGAGAGAUGGCGAUUUGCACCGUGGCAAAUACCAGGCAGGUGGUUUGCAGCCGUCUCCUGUAAGCACGUGGUAACGCUGUUGUGGUUUGAGACACCUUGCAGCGUUUGCCCUAGUAACAGUAGCUUUGGGGAGAGGGUAGCUGUCACAUUUUUGACCAAACAUGUUGCCACCACUUGAAUUUUUUAACUUAGUUUUCUUGGUUUUCUUUUGGUGAUACAGUAGAAAUGCUGCAGUGAAAAAUGGGGAGCGAAUGGCUCCUUUCCAGUUGAACGAAAAGUUUGUUGUGCUGUAAAUAGAGUUAGGUAUGUGGACACCAAACUAAGGUUACUGUCUUCUGAGCAUUUAUGUUUUACAAAGCAGUGUGUGCUGCUAAGCACUAAGAUAAAUAGUAUUCUGAUAUUUACAUUAACCAUUUUAAAUACAGAAGUGUAUGCCCUGCUUGGACUUGCAUAUUAGUAGUGUUUUUUGGCAUAUUAGUACUGUGUCUCAUUUGGAGAAAUUAAUUCUUUGGGUUACUUAAGAUGAGUUUUAUCUGUAUUUAAUGUAUUGAUUCCAAACUUCUGGGUUAAGUGAAAUCUUUGAUAUGAGAGCAUUUCAUGCUUUAUAAAAGCUGCAAUUUAAACUUAGAAAAUACUUUUCCCAUGGCACUGUGCUUGUUACUAAGUAAUAUUUUAAUGCACUGAGAAAUGCAGGUUAAAGAUUAUAUCAUUUAUAGUACCAUUUUAUAUUUAGAUUUUUUUUAUGUGCAAGCUAAGAUUCAUAAGACGUUUCACUUUGCUACAGCAAUACAUACUAUACUGUAAUUGAAUGUGGGACUUGAAGUGGAUUUUUUUUUUUUUUUUUUUAAGAUUAAUGGUCAGUUUUGACUAAGAUGUAACUGGGAGGGAAGAAACCUCUUGAAAUUUUUACUGGAAGUUAGAGGUCUGUUAAAAGUGUAUAUAGGAGUGCUGUUACUUUAUGAACUCUGAAUAAUGAGAUAUUUUAGCAAAUGACACUUUAAGCCUAGAUUUGUAUAGCAUACAGCAGUUUUGAAUAGUGUGAUAAUACUGAGUACAGCUGCCAAAUUUUCAUAUAAUGUUAGAUGAUUGUAUUUGUGCCCUUUUUACUCUUACAAUUUUCGUUUUUGUAUUCUGACUUCCUCCUCCCCCUGCCCCAUCUGCUCAAAGUACAGGGUAAUGAUCAUGGAAAUGUACCAGGAUUGCUAGGAAAUACUGGAUUUCAAUGUUCUUUGAGGGUAAGAAAAUUAAUCAGGUAACAGGGUAUGCCGUUGCUUCUAACAGACUUGUUUUGGUAAUAUUCUGUAACUAUCUGUGCCUGCUUUUUGUUCGGAGGACCCUGUGAACACAGCAUUUGUAAACCUCAUCUCUAAGCCAAAUCUUGAUUAAAAGACUAUGAAUGGCUGAUGUUUUAUAAACUGUAAGAAAUACAAUAGGAAUCUUGAUUGAAAGACUUCAAAAUGGAUAGGAGAGAGGACAUUUAAAGUAUUAAAUUUGUUUUGAACGAGUGUCUUGAGUUUGAUAUGUUAGUCUGUAUGUCUGAGCAGUUAGUGAUUGCACUUUAUGCAUUUAGAUUAACUAUCUCCGCCUCUGAUACACCAAAAGUAAUAGUUUAGAAGGGAACUGAAAUUGAUUGGCUUUAGUAAUGAAAAACAUUAUUUAGCCUUAGCUAAAUAACGGCUUACCCUAAAUUUUGUUUUAAAGAAGGAAUGAAAAGGCUGUAUGAGCUGUUCUGUAAAGGAUAAGUGAACGGGAGGCCUCCCCUCGGGCUCGUGAGCGGCGGCUGUGGGGCCGGGCGCGCCGGCGGCUUGUCCAUAGGGAGCGGCUGGAGCCCACGGAGCUGCUCCCGGGCCGGCGGGAAGGAUGAGACCUCGUCACAGGUUCGGCAUUUAAAUCCAAGGGGAAGUUCUGAAGUGCCCCACCGGAUACAAAGGCUGGUUAGAAGUACAGUUUGGGGGGCUUCUCUUAAGAGGGUACCAUUUAUUUUUACUUAAAUGUGAAUAAUAACUAGUUAAUCUAUGCAACUAUGCAAAGCUUACCCUUUUUUUUUUUCUUUUUUUAUUUAUUCCCUUCUCUGGUGCACUGAAUCAUAUCUAAGUUUUUUUCCACAUGGCACUUUUGUCUGAGGACUGGUUCAUACAGCUUUUUAAUUUUCUAGUAUUUGCUUUGAACGCUGUUGCUAGCAGCAACCAGAAGACUAAUAAUGUUGGCACAGAAGUUAGCUAGAGAACAAGUUUGCAACUGGGAAAUAUGUAUUGUCGGGUCUGUCUGCUUAUCUGAAAAGAUGCACUA